AUGAUCAGACAAAGAAGCAGCAGCCUCACAAAACCCCUCAUAAACCUCUUCCGUUUCAUAACAACCGAGUCAACUCAGACGCAACUCGCCACCCCAUCCCCAUCCUCAUCCCCAGUGAACCCAGCCCACCUCCUCCGAGUCUGCACCAUCCUCUACCCGCAGCAGAACUCACCCGAGUCACGCCUCCACUCAAACCUCAACUCGUCCAACUUCCAACUCACCCAUGAGUUCUUCCUCCAGGUCUGCAACAGUUUCCCUCUUUCAUGGCGGCCCGUCUAUCUCUUCUUCCUCUACACCCAAACCCACCCCAAUUUCAUUCAAAUCACCGUCUCGUUCAACAAAAUGGUUGACGUCAUCGGCAAGGCCAGGAACAUCCAGCUCCUCUGGGACAUGCUCCAUGAAAUGGGACGACGCCGUUUGGUGAAUGAUAAGACUUUUCUUAUUGCUUUAAAGACCUUGGCCAAGGCCAAGGAGUUGAACAAGUGUGUUGAAUUUUUUCAUGUCAUGAAUGGGUAUGGGUUUGAUUAUAGUUUGGAGACUUUGAAUAAGGUGGUUGAGAGUCUUUGUGGGUCUAAGCUUGUUGCUGAGGCCAAGUUCAUAGUUUUUAAGUUGAAGGAGUCGAUUGGGCCUAAUGGGGUUACGUACAGGUGUUUGAUUGAAGGGUUUUGUGAUGUGGGUGAUUUGAUUGAGGCUUCAAAGAUUUGGAAUUUGAUGGUGGAUCAAGGGUUUGACCCGGAUAUUGGUGCCAUUGAGAAAAUGAUGGAGCCCCUUUUCAAGACGAAUCGAUACGGUGAGGCAUUGAAGGUUUUUCAGAUGAUGAGGGUGAAUAGGAUGGAUGAUUUGGGUCUUUCAACUUAUAGGCUUGUGAUUGAGUGGAUGUGUAAAAGGGGGAAGAUUGAGGAAGCUCAUGUGGUGUUCGAGGAAAUGCAAAAGAGAAGGAUCGAAGCAGAUAAUUCCAGAUUGGCUUCACUGGCUUACGGCCUUUUAGCAAGAGGUAGAGUUAGAGUGGCAUAUAAGAUUGUGGAAGGGAUUGAAAAACCGGAUAUUAACGUGUUCCAUGGGAUGAUCAAGGGCCUUUUAAGGUUAAGAAAAUUGCGUGAAGCAACAGAAGUGUUUAGGGAGAUGAUUAAAAAGGGGUGUGAGCCUAACAUGCACACUUAUAUCAUGUUAUUGCAAGGACAUUUGGGAAAGAGAGGAAGGAAGGGAUCGGAUCCUCUUGUGAAUUUUGAUACCAUUUUUGUUGGUGGUCUGGUUAAGGCAGGGAAGUCACUAGAAGCCACCAAGUAUGUAGAGAGAGUGAUCAAAAGAGGACUUGAGGUUCCUAGAUUUGAAUAUAAUGAGUUUUUGCAUUACUACUCAAAUGAGGAAGGGGUGGGGAAAAAACUGAGGGAGGUCAGGUUGGUUGAUUUGGCGGAUAUUUUUCCGAGAUACGGGGAGAAAAUGGCCACGAGAGAUAGAAGAAGAAAUAGAGACGUAGAGCCAUGA